AUGACAGGAAAGCUUGAAGAUGAAGCAAAUUUUCAACUACAAAUAAAGCAAAUUCUUGCUCAGGAAGUUUAUAUGACUGAAAGGCAAAUUACAAAAGGAAGAGGAGCUAAAGACCUAGUAAAAAAUAUUGUAAUGGAUUGGACAAAUGAUAAUAUUGGCAAUGUUCCACAAACGUAA